UUCGACUUAUGCGUAAAAGGGAGCAAUUAAUAGCGAUAAGGAGUGUUGUGUAGCAGUUCUAUUCGAAAAUGUAUAGCUAUAGACGCGUAAUGGGUGCAAUGCUUUGGAUGUUGUGUAUUACUGAGCAGAUAUGGGACAUGCCAUGUUUUUUUAGGUUUGAAUCUUAACAGUAGAAUUAGAUGUUCUAUGGCCAUUUUUGGGUGGAUGUUCGUUUCUACAGGAAAAUACGCUGAUUUUACAAUAUGAAACAUAGGCUACGGCCGUUCCACCAGUUGUGAUAACUGUCACACAUCCAACACUGCAAUAUUUUAAUCAUUACAGUCGGUUCGUUGGGGUUUUAAUGACGUAAUAUCAAAUUAAAAGGUUGUUCGUUCCAAAUCAAUGCAAGGAUUGUUUUGAAGAGGGUACUGAAAGGAAUGCUAUACCAUUAUUUACCGCUCAACAUGAGUAUAAUCAAAGAAGAACAUGUAACCGAAGAAGAAACUUUUCCACUGUCUUUAAUGAGUAAUGAUAACUUAGCUCGAACUGGAUUUGAGGAGGACCCUUUAGCAUUGCCUGAGGUGAAGAAAGAGUCUAAGGUUGUGAAAGAUAUUAACAAGAAUGAGUCUGAUUCAAAAACUGAGGUGUUCUUGAUGACUUCUUGGAAUGAAAAUAGUCUCACUGGGCCAAUAUUUAAAAAGGAGGAUGCAACACAGACAUAUCCUGGAGAAAAGAUUAAAAUGAAGGAAGACUCAAAAGUUGUUGCUACAGCGAAGGUAACAUUGAAAGAAGUAACAACAGAAAAACUCACAACAGUUCUGGACAGGUCGCACUUGAGGACGGUUUACAGAACCUGCUAUGCCCAAGGAUGCCUAGGUUCCAACAAGAAUAAACAACUUAAAUUCUUCAGUUUUCCUAGGAAUCAGGAACGGGCUCAGUUGUGGGCAGAGAGACUGGGCAUAGACUACAGUAUACAGAAUAAAAGAACACUGCACAAGAGGUUCAUAUGCAGCCGGCAUUUCUCAGAGAAUGAUUUCACAACAGCAGAAAGAAAACAACUUAACAGAAUAGCAGUUCCAUCUUCAAUUAGUUUUAUCUCAGUCCCACAUUCAGCUCCUGAACCUAUAGAACCCUCAGAGUGUACCCCCUUUAUGAGUUCUUUGCCCACAGUUCUUAACUAUGAAAAUAACCUUCAUGUCCUGACACCAGUUAGAACCUAUUCUAAGAUGUCUGUAUCCUCCUCCAUGACCAAAGAAUUUAUUCAUGUCCAUCCAGAUAUCCGCACAUACCAGCAGUAACCUAUGAAAAUGCUUGUGGUGGAGAACUCAGAUGCAUCAACCUUCAAAUUCCUUCCCAAGAUAUAGAGGAAAUUGUUCUAUAACAAGAAUGGAAAUGUGUAUUCUUUGGAGAACACACAAUUUCCAAAGGCGUACUUCACACCACAUCAUGGGCACUGAUGUACGCAAGGUAGCCAAGGGCAGCAAUGGUGUCCAGAGUCAUUGUUGUAAUAAUGUGAUCCAAGGUUAUUUUUGCAACAGUGUGAGUCAACAGUGACCCAAUUAAAUUGUUGCAACAGUGUUUUAGCAGUUAUUUCAGUUAACAUUGUUGCAACUGUUUGCUCCAACAACCUCACAUCAUGGGGGUUGCCUGGUUCCUGGGAAGAAUAUGACAUGGAUGACCCAUGAAGUGUUUUUCACUCAUGUUAGAGCAUGAUGAAAAUGUAAUAAAUCAACACAAGGAAAAGGAAACUUCAUAAAUGAAGUAUGAGGAGAGACAAUGCACUUUGUAAACUGAGAAAGAAGAACAAACCUGAGAAGCUGGAGGAGAUAUGUCAGUUGCACAGUAAACAUAUGAUCGGGUCUUUUUCGUCUUCUUUCAAUGUGGAGAAUGCCUAAGGAUAGGACAUACAAAGAAAAUGUGUCGGCUCUGUCCGUAUUGAAAUAUGGUUUGAAGUUCUAUACCUUUCCCCUCCUAAAGUUUAUAGAAGGCUGAGAUGCUAACAUAAUUGUGAAGAAGGUUCUUGUGCCUUGCAUAAAGUUGGAAUUGUAUAGCUGUUGGCAUUGUGUGUGACAUUGGUGCCAACAGUGUCAAGACCUCAAAAUAUUAGGUAUUUCCAAAACAGAAUUAUUCCUAAACUGUAACAGUAUUAAUGCCCCCCAUCUUGAAGUGUGGUGAAUGUGGGAUUUGAUAUUGUUAUAAAUGGAAAGCAGCACUCUAAAACUGUGGAGGAUCAAUAGAUGGUACUUGAUUGUGAGAAACAGGGAAUGUGCUGUUGCAUAAUGUGACUAACACUGAACCAUGUUGCAGAGAACACUGUCAUAGGUUGGCUGCAAAAUUGAUGAACAGCACUGUAGGAGCAGUUCCAAACACUCAGAUGAUGACAUUCAGGUUAUGCUGGAAACAAACAUCUUGUCUACAGCCACAUUUUCAAAGAGGUACAAAUCAGAGGUUUAAAAAAUUGCAAAGAACAAUAUGUCUCUACACAGCAGAGAGAAAAACUGCCACGAAUGGUGUAGACCUAGUUAUGCAAUUAAUUGCCUUGUUGUUUUCACACACUUGUACACAAUGCUGCAAUACUGUUUGUGCUAAUUUGUGAAUUGAAAUAGUUUUUUAAUUGUGUAUUUUUAUAACAAUUACAUACUUAAUGAGGCUGUAUGGUGAUAUGUGGAGCAACUUAACACAUCACAUCCCAAUUAUAUAUAAUUAUGAAGGAAUAUACACCCUAAAUCUUUUAUUUUUCUGAGAUUGAUGAAGCAGCACCUAGAAGGAAGUUUUUCACAGCUGAACUGUUAAAGACCAGAUGUUAUAACUUGUGAUCCUACAACCACUAACAGAAAGUCAGUAACACAGACAGCCCAGAAAAUUGUGAAGCGUCUUGUCUGCGCAGUGCAUGAAUUGCUUGUAAACAAGUGAGAAGUGGAUGUAGGUCUGUUUUAUAAAUCAUCAAGUGCAGGUAAUGCUUAUGUAGUGCCAAAUAAGAUGUGGCAGCCUGAAUUUUACAUUUUGCAUAGAAAGAUACAUAAAAAUUGCUGUUGCCUAUUUUAAAUUUCGUAAUAUACUGGAAUUCUCCUGGAAACAGGAAACAAUAAAGUGAGAAAAGCUAUCUCCAAAUACCUUCCAAAUGUGAGAAUGACUUGAAGUAGUAACCAGAUAUUCAGUGGGGAAUAACUAGAGUACUCCAAACAGGAGAUUUAUAAAUUUAUAGUAAAAAGGGAAUAUGACUAUUUAUUCAUUGAGAUAGAUUUUACUGAUACAGUACAUUUUGUUUCAGGUCAGUGCAUUUUGUGUUGUAACCAGGAAGCUGCAAUGAGAAUUGAUGUAUGAUAUCAAAACUACAGUGUGGCUUUAACAUCCAGGUCCUUCCCCAGCAUGCUUGCUUUGUUGGAGCCUAGUCCCUGGCAACUGCUCUAAGAGGUUUGCCCCAUGGGGAACCAGACCUGGUCACUCGCAUUUCCAUUAUCCUGGUUGCAGCAUGAGUGCAUGAAUUACCUGUCAUUACUAAACAUGUAGUUCAACAAAAUGAUGGGACAAAUCAUCACGUAACAGCGGCCUUGGUUCUCAUUCAAACAUCAGUGUACCCCAAAGAGUACACCAUUACAAGCAUGAUUUAAGCUUGCUAGUUAAGAUAAAUAGUAGCUUAUCAGUACGUAGUGUGGUAAUAUCUCAAAGUCAUGGCUGGGAAUAGUGGUUUCAUAUGCUGAAAUGACCGCAGAUUAACCUUUCAGAAUUGCCUGAACCCAUGGAAGUGACAUGCAACUUCAUCUUGCUUAAAAUUUAAACACCUAGCCUAUAAUGUGGUAUUAACUUAAAGACAGUUUUUAAAAGUGAAAUAAGAACCAAAUCCUUUAACAAUAUAUUCAGAAUUCCUAGAUCAGUUUACAGUUGUGGUAACAGUCUGACAUUCAUACUACUCUAAAGACCGUGGUUUGACUUCUGGCAGAGGCAGAGAAUUUUCCUUUUGUCAUCACAUCCAUGCUAACCCUGGAGUUCGUUUAGCCCUUUAUGGAAUGGAUCAGUAUCUAUGCUCUUUCCCAACUGGCCAGAGCAUAAAGCUGAUCACUCAUCUACCUAGUUCCAAAUUUAGAAUUGUGUGGUGCUGUACCUCCAUCCCCCAUACAUCGUUGUGUGGUGAAUAACCUCUUGUAUGUCAUAUAUAAAAUCAAGCAUGCCAACGAAAUUGUUUACACAUUAAAUAACAUUUUGUGUGUAACAGAUUCAUUUGUAUGCAUGAUUCUAUAUAUCAAUAUGCUGCACGGUAUGCAACGUUUUAAGACUCUUGUAUGUCGUUCUGGAAGAGGGGUUUAAACUCUGUACAACAGGGCUGCUGGACAGGCUUAAAAUCUGGGAUUUAUGAUUUAGCAGUGUUUUAUUGCAAUUCAUGGCAAGCUGGGCAGAAUGUAAGCUAUGACACAAUUGAUGAAGAUUAGUUAAGAAUGAGGGCAGCUUUGCACUUUAUUUAUAUCAAUAUUACUUUGUGGAAUUUGGGGACUGUCUUGUAUCAUUUCCUAGAAAAUUGUUCUUUCUUCGUCUUUUUUUAAAAGUUGACGUUAUUUACACUUCAGAAGAAGCAUAACAUAGUUCAUCUUCUCAUCAACUUGAAUUCCUGUUAACUCCUUUUUUUCACAGUCUGAAUGGUUCUCAUUUUAGCGGAAUUUAUUUUAUCAAUUCUUUCCCCUGUCCCAUUAAUUGCAUUCCUGUUGUCCUUAAUUCAUAAUCAAUUCUAUCCUACUGGAGGUCCACCCAACUCUGCUUUUAAAACUGCUUUAUCACAAUUUAUUUUACGUGGGAAAUACUGUUUCACAAGCCAAAAUCUUCAGUGGCAUUAUUUCUUACAACAUUUAAAUUGCAAACGAUUAAAGAAGCUACAGAAUACUGUAGUACAUGGAAGUUGAAGUAAACAAAUUCUCGUACACGUUUCCUCGAUAGUAAAGAUGGAUCAAACAAAUAUGGUUAGUUAUAUUUCGUACUUCUAUAAACUGCACUCGCAAUAUAACCUGUCUUUCCAUUUUGUUAUAUGUUACGAAAAAAUGUUACUCUCCUUGUUCCUGAUGAACUUCUGUAAUUCCUUGCCCACUUCCCCUGGUCAGAGCCGUUUUCUUAAAAAUUUCCUCAGUAUUCCCAGUUUAUGAAAACGUUCCACCUUUAAGCACAGCGAAUUUGCAUUUUUUAGUAUUGUUUAAAUUUGGUAUAUUUCUUUGGUAAUUUGUCAUCCUAAUAUAGCCUUGCAUUUUACACAUUCGUUCAAAAUUUCAGUAUUGGUAACCUGCGUAAUUCUAAAACGUUUCCUGUAUGUCAUCUUUUAAAGAAGUCUAGUCUUGUUCAUCUGCAAAACCGGGGUCCACUCCCAACGCUUUUACUAAUGUGUGGAGUAAAACAAUAUAGCCAGGUAAGAAAUGGUUCCUUUGCUGAAUUAUGUGAACGAAAUACACCUUAGAAUGUAAAGCAACAACAUGACAGUUUGCAAACAUUGUCUUCAGCUUUAAAUUUGACUGUGUUAACUAAUGAACCAUUGUACCUGGGGAAAUUACAUUUUGUACAGAGAUAGAUUAUAAAUGCACAUACAAAUCAUAUGAAGUACUGUUUGUAAAUCAACAGUUACAGACAUGAUGGAAAAACUUUGAGGUUAAAUUUGAAAAAUUUGACAGAGCAUGAAUAAAAUAAAUUCUGUCCCUUAAAAAGUAAUAACAUUUCUGCCAUAUUUACAGUUUCAGGUGUUAAGAAGAGCAUUUGAUCAUGUGACCAUCUGUGCAUGAGUCCAGAGCACCAACUCAUGAGCUGCAUUAAAUUAUAGGAGAUGGUGCACGGGGGCCUCGUAGCCAACUGGCAGAGUGAAUUUCUUCAUUGGCUUGGAAGAGAACUAAUACAGACUUUUGUAGUUGAACAUGUAAUACUUUACAUUUUGUUGUUAUAAGUGACUGCAAGGAUUUCUGAAAGAAAGUUAAACUUCUGAUGUUUGGAAAAUAGUAUGAUUCAACUUGUUGUAAAUCAUAAUGACAGUGAAUAUUUUGAUCAGCUGCACAAGUAAGAUUAUACUACAGAGUAAAUUGGGUACAGUUUCCAAGUUUUGUAACAUUUGUAUCUCUCUUAAAAGUUCACCUGAAAUUUCAUCCUGUGUUUUGUAGAUUUUGUUCAUAGCAAAUAUAUCAUUAUGUACAGCUUCAAUCUUUUAUGUAUGGCAUUUAUGUCUGAUUAUAGGGGAAAAUUGUUCCCAAGAUGUAGUUGCAGGUUAUUUACUGUAUUUGUUACUAAUCAUGGCACACAGACAUUUUUUGUACCUGGGAUGAAGAGUAAGCAUCAUGUAAUUUUUUAUUCUCUUCCUAAUACAUUUUCACUGUAUUUGCGUUA